CUUGCUGCGGGUCGCCAUGGCAACGUUGUUUUUCUCAGUGCACUUGCAGUUUGAGUGCAACGCAAGUCAAAUAAGAGCAAAAGAAACCCGGGAGACUCACUAAGCCGUUUACUGCUUUUGUGCUGACUAAUUGGUUGUUGUAACACAACAAUGUGGCUUAAGCUGAACUUUAACAGGAUGUGGAAAAGACCUGCCAGCUAAACCGUGUAGAAAAGAAGCCAACUAGUUCCAUUGAAUGCUGCAAAAAAGGAGAAAAAAAUGGCAGGUAAUGACCUCCCACCCAUAUUUCAGUCGACAUUCAGGACCAGAUUUGAAUUCAGCAGGAAAGCGAGUUCUCCACGAGCUCGCCCACCGGGACACUCAGUGCCUGCUGUUUCGCUGAUUGUCAGAGGAAACGCGCCAAAUACUACCCAGCUGAGCGACGUGGAUCCCCGAAUCAUGUCCCUCCAGAAGAACAUCCGAUAUCUGCAACAGCAGCAAACGGAAACUCUCGAGAAGCUCCACGCAGAAAUGGACUUUCUCAAAAGGGAGAAUAAAGAGCUGAAGUAUAGAUUGACUAUGGACUCAAGCAAAGGAGGCAAAAAAGGAACAACGCCCAACCGAAAUGCAAGAUCUCCCUGUCAAAUCCACUCCGGACUCUACGGGGAGGAGCUGCUUGAAGACUCACUGUUUCAAGACCAAGCUUCAAGGGAGGUUAACGAAAGUCCGCGAUCUGUACAACUAAACUACGGUGGGGAGUUAACAGGGCUGCGAAAGACCGUUUUAGAGCCUGUGAGAAUCAACAGCAUUCGCGCGGCAGGUCCAUCCGACCUGCCGCCGCGUCCUUCUACAAUGCAGGAGUGUGAGGCCAUCAUCCAACAGCUGUACAGUGAAAACAGUUUACAGACUCAGGAAAUUGCACGUCUGAAGGCGCUGCUUAGUGAUAUAAUUCUGAGCAAGAAAAUCACCCGGGAACACCAGAGUUUGGGCAAAGCCUACCUUGCUGUUGAGCCAUGCAAACUUGGUGAAGAGAAGAAAUUCCGCACUCUUGGUUCUCACCCAGUUCCACCAAUAGUUGCUGGACCCUCUCGCGCUGGUGUAGUUCCCCCUGGCCUGAAGCAGCACCUCGAUUCCAGCGCUGCAGACAUACAGAACAGGCUCUUGUCAAUUCAGCAACUCCACAUCCAUCGGGGUUUCCGCUGACUGGCAAGAAAGACCAAAGUCCGGAUGUUUUCCUUGGUCACCAACGCAUCUUUAUUAAAGACUUAUUAAAAACAAAUACUAAGCCAUAAGAAAUAUUCUAUUAAACUGAAAUAUUAUUUUUAUGUAACUUUG